GGCUCGCUCGGGAUUCUCGCCUGGCGCGGCCGGGGAAAGGUGAACAGUGUGGCCCGCCAUGUUCUUCUCCGCGGCGCUUCGGGCCAGGGCGGCUGGCCUCGCCGCCCAGUGGCGCAGAAUCUAGGCCUGCCCUGGCCAGAUCUGUUUCGAAGACCCCCGCCCCGAAGGAGGCACCUCGCAUUUCAAGCCUAGUGACCUGAAUGUUGUUAGGUUGCACCACACUGGAGAGCUCUGGCUUGCUUCGUGAAGGCUUACGGAGAACUUCCUUAGGGCUGAAAAAGGAGUCUGGGAUGCUGAAUUCAGUCACAGAAUCAAGCUUCUCUUUCCACGUCUCCAGGAGGUCAUCAAACAUUUCUGCCUGCCUCACAGUCCGAGGGAAGCCAUCCAGAAGAAAACCAUUUUUGCACAAGGGGGUCUCCAAAUUCUUCUCAGGAAGACAUGUAAGGAAUUUACAUAAGACAGCUAUGCAAAAUGGAGCUGGAGGAGCUUUAUUUGUGCACAGAGAUACUCCUGAAAAUAACCCUGAUACUCCAUUUGAUUUCACACCAGAAAACUAUAAGAGGAUAGAGGCAAUAGUAAAAAACUAUCCAGAAGGCCAUAAAGCAGCAGCUGUUCUUCCAGUCCUGGAUUUAGCCCAAAGGCAGAAUGGGUGGUUGCCCAUCUCUGCUAUGAACAAGGUUGCAGAAGUUUUACAAGUACCUCCAAUGAGAGUAUAUGAAGUAGCAACUUUUUAUACAAUGUAUAAUCGAAAGCCAGUUGGAAAGUAUCACAUUCAGGUCUGCACUACUACACCCUGCAUGCUUCGAAACUCUGACAGCAUACUGGAGGCCAUUCAGAAAAAGCUUGGAAUAAAGGUUGGGGAGACUACACCUGACAAACUUUUCACUCUUAUAGAAGUGGAAUGUUUAGGGGCCUGUGUGAACGCACCAAUGGUUCAAAUAAAUGACAAUUACUAUGAGGAUUUGACACCUAAGGAUAUUGAAGAAAUUAUUGAUGAGCUCAAGGCUGGCAAAAUCCCAAAACCUGGGCCAAGGAGUGGACGCUUCUCUUGUGAGCCAGCUGGAGGUCUUACCUCUAUGACUGAACCACCCAAGGGGCCUGGCUUUGGCGUACAAGCAGGCCUUUAAUCUAUAUUGAACUGUAAAUAUGUCACUAGAGAAAUAAAAUAUGGACUUCCAAUCUAC